GGCCGGAAGCGCUGAAGCCGGCGGCGUGGGUCUGGUGCUCCGGGACCUGGCGCGUGCGUAGCGGGGCCCGUGGUGGCUCCCGGAGCGCGCGGCGAUGCUGACCCCCGCGUUCGAGCUGAGCCAGGACAGCGAGUUCCUCACGGUCGCCAUCCGCAUCCCGCACGCGCGUGCCUCCGAGUUCGACGUGUACUUUGAGGGGGUGGACUUCAAGUUCUACGCCAAGCCGUACUUUCUGAGAUUAACACUUCCUGGAAGGAUUGUAGAAAAUGGAAGUGAACAGGGAACCUAUGAUGCAGAUAAAGGAAUUUUUACCAUUCGAUUGCCCAAGGAAACUCCUGGCCAGCAUUUUGAGGGGCUGAACAUGUUAACUGCUCUUCUGGCCCCAAGAAAAUCCAGGUCUGCAAAACCACUUGUGGAAGAAAUAGGUGCUUCUGGGGUUUCUGAGGAAGGAGCUGAUGAUGAGGAUUCGGAGUUUGACUGGGAAAUUGAGCAGACUCCCUAUGAAGAGGUCUCAGAAAGUGCUCUGCUCUCACAGUGUCACUAUGGAUUUGGAAACCUGCGAGCAGGUGUGGUUCAGCGGUUACAGGAUGAACUGAGUGAGGUUAUUGAUAUUAAGGAUCCAGAUUUCACUCCUGCGACUGAACGAAGACAGAAACGCCUGGCUGCUGAGCUGGCCAAAUUUGACUCGGAUCACUAUUUAGCUGACUUCUUUGAAGAUGAGGCUGUUGAGCAGAUUUUGAAGUACAGUCCUUGGUGGAAUGAUGCACAUGCAGAAAUGAUGGCCUCUUUGGGAAAGAGCCAAGAGAAAGGAGAUGAUGCUGCAUUAGUGUCUUUUUCAGAAGAGGAAAAAUAUCAGCUAAGAAAAUUUGUGAAUAAGUCUUACCUGCUGGACAAGACAGCUCACCGUCAAGUGUACUACAGUUUAGUUGACAUCCUUCUGGCCUAUUGCUAUGAAAUACGUGUCACUGAAGGAGAGCACAAUGUCGAGUCUGCGUGGACUAUUAGAAAGCUGAGCCCAACUCUCUGCUGGUUUGAGACUUGGACAGACGUUCAUGAAAUCCUGGUGUCUUUUGGAAGGAGAGUUUUGUGCUAUCCACUUUAUCGUCAUUUCAAGCUGGUGAUGAAAGCCUACAGAGACACUAUAAAGAUACUGCAACUAGGUAAGAGUGCAGUUUUAAAGUGUCUCCUGGAUGUUCACAAAAUCUUUCAGGAAAAUGACCCAGCGUUCAUUUUGAAUGAUCUCUACAUCUCAGACUACUGCGUAUGGAUUCAGAAGGCCAAGUCCAAAAAGUUGGCUGCCCUCGCAGAAGCCAUGAAAGCAGUCUCCCUCAGUAAGGCCCAGCUGGGGUUAGAGCUGCAAGAACUAGAAGCUGCCGCACUUCUUGUCCAGGAGGAAGAAACUGCCGAAAAGGCAGCCCAGUGCAAUCCCAUGCAGCCAGCUCCAGGCUCCAGUCCCGAGACCAGUGACUCGGACAGCACCACAUCGUCUGACACAGAAGACUCAGCUUCAGAGCAAGAGGAGCUUGUUGGGAUGCAGCCCUCACUGCUCACUUCUCUGCAAGUCCCCCUUUUGGAAGAGGAUAGCAGCGCCCUGCUCAUCAAGGAGAGUGGGCUCUGCAGAAAUGUGGCCGGCCAGGAAUGUGAAGUCAGUCAAGGGCAGACCCGGGCUCCUCUGAUAGAGGAGGUUGGGGAUGAGCUGAGGACCAUGCUUCAGAUUUCCACGCCUCCUGAUGUCAGUGCUGGGAGCCACAGUGGCAUGCAGGAUGGAGAAGAGAGGGGACAGGUACCUCAUGAUUGACUCGAGUGAUUGGCUCACAGGGAACUAGGUCAACUCUGCCCUCGUGUAGAUAUCGAAUUUCUCAUUUCCACCGUGUACUUUUUCUGCCCGGAUAUAGGCAUUGCUUUUCAGGGAGCUAAAAUUUAUACCUUUAAUUUUUUUGUUUUGCAGUUUGAAAAAUAAAAUCCUAAAGUAUUCUUUCCAAGGUGUAAGUAAGAUUUUUUAAUGAAGACCAUAGUUCUACUAGGAAAAGCUCUAGACCAGUGGUUCUCAACCUCCCUAAGUCUGUCACUCUUUAAUAUAGUUCUUCAUGUUGUGAUGACCCCCUGCCAACUAUUAUGUUUCUACAUCAUAAGUGUGAUUUUGCUAUUGUUAUAAGUAAUAUGCAAGCUAUCUGAUAUUCAACCCCCAAAAGGGUCAAGACCCACUGGUUGAAAACCGCUGUUCUAGAUGUAGCAGGACACCUGACAGGUAAUAUUCACAUUUAAAGUGUGCACAGUGAGAAAUACUAACAACUGAGCACACUAGGCAAAAAGCUCACUGCAACCAGGAUAAUGAAUUUCCCCAUCAGCUCCAGCUGUCUUUGGACCAUUUGACAUCUCUCUUUCCCAGCCAGAUGCCACCCACCUGUGUCCCCUGAGCGGCCUCUGAUGUGCUGUGCUGUAUGUAGUCCACUAGCUUAAACCGAAGCAUUUGGAGUGCUCUUUUGACCAGGCUGUUUUCACUGCACAUAGUUAUUGCGGGAUUGUUAUGUGUGCUAUUGUAUGCCAAGUCGGUGUGAAGACCAUUUCUUGGAAUGGGUUUGUCCAUUCACCAACUGGUGGACAUUUGAGUUGCUGCUAGUGUUUGGACUGUUAAUAAAGCUGUGUGAGCAUUUGGGUACAAA